AUGACUCCAAUGAACCUCAACUCAUCACCUUUUAUUCUUGAGCGAAAUGAAGAACACGAUGAUCAACACCCCCUGCAGUUUGGUGUAAACCAUCAUAUUGCUUCAUCAUCUUCACUCUCAUGCCAUUAUUUCUUCAAUUCAACUCAAGAUCCCACGGGAUACUAUCGCCAUGAAUUAUACCAACCUCAGCAGCAUCAAGAGGAUGAACAUUACGCCUAUGGCAGUGGAUCAUACGAUGUUGAGAAUAAAGUUGACACUGGUCUUAAAUUAACUCUGUGGAAGAAAGUAAAUCCAUCUGAAAGUGUAUCGGAGAUCAAUAAUAAUAAUCCAGUUAAGUGGAUGUCGUCGAAGAUGAGAUUGAUGCACAAGACGAAGAAUUCGGAUCGCGUUGCUCUAAAAAUAACUAGUAGUGGUACAACAAAGUAUGAAAAUCAUCAGAAGCAGCCAUCCUCUUCUUUGGAAACUGAUUUAAGCAGCAACAGUACUUCAAACAAUAAUAGCCCAAUUAGGGUUUGUGCUGAUUGCAACACAACCAAGACCCCCCUUUGGAGAAGUGGUCCCAAAGGCCCUAAGUCUCUUUGCAACGCCUGUGGAAUUAGGCAAAGAAAGGCCAGACGAGCAAUGGCUGCAGCAGCAGCUGCAGAUGCUAAUGGGACAGCCAUUACGACUGAAGUAUCGCCAAUGAAGAUCAAGGUGCACUACAAAGACAAGACUGGCAAAAGUGAACAUGCUGCACAACUCAAGAAGCGUAGCAAAAUCACUGCUGGACCAUCCAAUGAUAAGAAGAAACUUGGCCUCGAGGAUUUCUUGAUAAAUUUGAGCAAGAAUUUGGCCUCAAAUCGAGUAUUUCCACAAGAUGAGAAGGACGCUGCGAUCCUGCUAAUGGCUUUAUCUUCUGGUCUUGUCCAUGGUUGA